AUGAAGGGUCAAACUCAGUUUGGUGUUAAGGGUAAGUUGGCGCCAAGGUACGUUGGACCUCAUGAAAUCCUUGAGAAGAUCAAUCCAGUAUUGUAUCAGGUAGCUUUACCACCGAUAAUGGAACAUAUGCACAAUGUGUUUCAUGUCUCGAUGCUUCGCGAAUACUUGAGAGAUCCACUCCACGUCAUUGAGCCGACACACGUGCUGUUGAAGGAUGAUUACACCUACGAGGAAAGACCUAUUCAAGUUGUGAACCGCAGGAUCAAGAGAUUGAGAAACAAAGAGAUACCGUUGGUGAAAGUCGAUUGGCAAAACCAUGGGGCAACCUAUGCGACCUAG